GGGGGGGGGGGGGGGGGGGGGGGGGGGGGGGGGGGGGGGGGGGGGGGGGGGGGGGGGGGGGGGGGGGGGGGGGGGGGGGGGGGGGGGGGGGGGGGGGGGGGGGGGGGGGGGGGGGGGGGGGGGGGGGGGGGGGGGGGGGGGGGGGGGGGGGGGGGGGGGGGGGGGGGGGGGGGGGGGGGGGGGGGGGGGGGGGGGGGGGGGGGGGGGGGGGGGGGGGGGGGGGGGGGGGGGGGGGGGGGGGGGGGGGGGGGGGGGGGGGGGGGGGGGGGGGGGGGGGGGGGGGGGGGGGGGGGGGGGGGGGGGGGGGGGGGGGGGGGGGGGGGGGGGGGGGGGGGGGGGGGGGGGGGGGGGGGGGGGGGGGGGGGGGGGGGGGGGGGGGGGGGGGGGGGGGGGGGGGGGGGGGGGGGGGGGGGGGGGGGGGGGGGGGGGGGGGGGGGGGGGGGGGGGGGGGGGGGGGGGGGGGGGGGGGGGGGGGGGGGGGGGGGGGGGGGGGGGGGGGGGGGGGGGGGGGGGGGGGGGGGGGGGGGGGGGGGGGGGGGGGGGGGGGGGGGGGGGGGGGGGGGGGGGGGGGGGGGGGGGGGGGGGGGGGGGGGGGGGGGGGGGGGGGGGGGGGGGGGGGGGGGGGGGGGGGGGGGGGGGGGGGGGGGGGGGGGGGGGGGGGGGGGGGGGGGGGGGGGGGGGGGGGGGGGGGUGGGGGGGGGGGGGGGGGGGGGGGGGGGGGGGGGGGGGGGGGGGGGGGGGGGGGGGGGGGGGGGGGGGGGGGGGGGGGGGGGGGGGGUGGGGAGGGGGGGGGGGGGGGGGGGGGGGGGGGGGGGGGGGGGGGGGGGGGGGGGGGGGGGGGGGGGGGGGGGGGGGGGGGGGGGGGGGGGGGGGGGGGGGGGGGGGGGGGGGGGGGGGGGGGGGGGGUGGGGGGGGGGGGGGGGGGGGGGGGGGGGGGGGGGGGGGGGGGGGGGGGGGGGGGGGGGGGUGGGGGGGGGGGGGGGGGGGGGGGGGGGGGGGGGGGGGGGGGGGGGGGGGGGGGGGGGGGGGGGGGGGGGGGGGGGGGGGGGGGGGGGGGGGGGGGGGGGGGUGGGGGGUGGGGGGGGGGGUGGGGGGGGGGGGGGGGGGGGGGGGGGGGGGGGGGGGGGGGGGGGGGGGGGGGGGGGGGGGGGGGGGGGGGGGGGGGUGGGGGGGGGGGGGGGGGGGGGGGGGGGGGGGGGGGGGGGGGGGGGGGGGGGGGGGGGGGGGGGGGGGGGGGGGGGGGGGGGGGGGGGGGGGGGGGGGGGGGGGGGGGGGGGGGGGGGGGGGGGGGGGGGGGGGGGGGGGGGGGGGGGGGGGGGGGGGGGGGGGGGGGGGGGGGGGGGGGGGGGGGGGGGGGGGGGG